UUUGUGUAAUAAAGCUAUGGCAUGGUAAAUAAGACUUCAUGUUAUUAUAGCCAGUGUUAUUCUUAUGACUUGGAUAAGGACCAGAACCCUUAUUCAAAUAAAUAUGGCUAGUCUAUUAGUCCUACAGUACUUGGUUAGUAUGCACCACUUUAUCUUAAAACAAAGAUCAUCAGUCAAAUGGUUUUUGAGUUGAAGAGCCUCCAUGGCACCUGAACUUCCCACCUCUGUCGCUAUGUGGCGCUACAUUACUCAGGAAACGUUAGCUGGCUUGCAGUCGUGGCGGUAGACUAAACAGGGUCCUCCGUCUGCACAGUACAACUACUAGAUAUCUAGCUAUUGUCUGUUUAUUUUUGAUUUGGUUUGGUUUGUUUAUUUUGAUAAAUAUGUCUACCACGACCGGCGGCGGAGAGUUCGGUAACCCCCUGCGGAAAUUCAAGCUCGUGUUCCUGGGCGAGCAGAGCGUUGGGAAGACGUCUCUUAUCACCAGAUUUAUGUACGACAGCUUUGAUAACACCUACCAGGCAACAAUCGGUAUAGACUUUCUAUCAAAAACCAUGUAUUUGGAAGAUCGUACGAUUCGGCUGCAGCUGUGGGACACGGCGGGGCAGGAGCGCUUCCGUAGCCUCAUCCCCAGCUACAUCCGCGACUCUGCAGCUGCUGUGGUGGUGUAUGACAUAGCAAAUCUCAACUCCUUCCAGCAAACUUCAAAAUGGAUAGAUGACGUAAGAACGGAGAGAGGAAGUGAUGUCAUUAUUAUGCUGGUUGGCAACAAAACAGACUUGGCUGACAAAAGGCAAGUUUCAGUAGAAGCUGCAGAGAGAAAAGCUCGGGAUCUCAAUGUGAUGUACAUAGAGACCAGCGCCAAGGCUGGUUAUAACGUCAAGCAGCUGUUUCGACGUGUUGCAGCAGCCUUGCCUGGGAUGGAUAACACACCAGAGAAAAGCAAAGAGGACAUGAUUGACAUCAAACUGGAAAAGCCACCAGAACUGCCUGUGACUGAGAGCAGCUGCUCCUGCUAGUAGCCACCAGACCAGCCCUGCCUCCUUCCCCUUAUCCCACCUCCUCCCCAACAGCAGCUUGUCUUUCAGUGGCCACUUGCUUCAGCCUGUGGCCCUGAGUCACCACUCGGAGAACCUUUAAUUUCCCCUUGACUCAGUGACUUUUUCGGAGUAAACGUGUGGAUGUGCUAUUACUCUGUAUUAAAACAGAUUAUCAAAAAAUAUAUAUGUUAAAGGGAAAAAAGUUAACAAAUCACAGCAUAAGUGCUCAUUGGAUUCUCACCUAUUCUGACUGCAUGGCAUUAUAUAAAAUUGCAGACUGACACAGCUUGAUUGCGUGUUGGGUUUUUGACUUCUUAACGUUGUGAGAUUUUGUUUUGUUCAGCUCAUGUUGGACCAAUUUCCCCAGGCUUUAAUGUCUUCUUUAAUUUCAUGAGUGAUGAGAGGAACCGGAAAACACUGAUUACUAAUCAGAGUUUUUACAUUGUCAGUUUUUGCUAGAUGUGUCUUCUGGGCAGCAGCUCUUCACAAGAAAGCAGAAGAGCUGAGUCUGAUCCAGGCAUUGAGAAAAUGGGGCAUCGUCUAGCGCUAUGUUCUUGUGAAGUUAAUUAUGAUCUCAACACACAGUUACACAUAAUUGGAUUCUGUCAGAUUUGUUGUUGGGGACUAGUACAGUUUUGUUUUUUUGUUUUUUUCCCUUUUUUUCUUUUGUUAAAGUUUAUUCUUUUGAUCUUUUAGGUCUUUCGCCAAAGACGACAAAGUUUGAAUGAGGCGAUUUUUAGACAAACCUCAGCAUUCUGGUCAGACUCAUGCCUCUUUUUAAACAUGCAAGGCAUUAGGGGGACUGCAUAGAUCUCGAGUGUACUUACCUGGGAAAAAACUGAAACGCUGUCAAUAUACAUUCUCAAAAAAAAGUUAUUCUAUAUACUUGGUUUCAUUAAACCUGAAACGUACUGUGUACCAGCCAUAAACUGUUAUUGAGAUUUAAACGUAAUAGUAAAACUACAUAUGUACUAAUAAACAAGUCUCCCUAAAAUAACAAGGAAACACUGGUAAUUUACAGUAGAGGCCAUAUCGAAGUUCAUCAGCUGCGUUUGGUGUCUGUACUCACCGUCUCAGUUUUUUUGGCCUUGUGUUUGGUAUACUGUUGUAGGACAGCAUGCUAUGUAAGGAUGCUUUAAACAAAAUAAAACUGCUUGUUUCAUCCAGUCGUAGUGCACCAGACCAAGCCACACAUCUGUGGAGUGGCCUGCUGAUUACCCUGGAGCUACAGAGGGGUUUCCUUAUACGCAGCUAUUGCUUAGUGUAGAGAAAUGUCUUGAGGAAUUUAACCUGUGUUGCUAUUGCUUUUUUUUUUUAUGACUGUUUGGUUUGUGUUAAUUUAUUUAUCUCACUAGAAACAAAAUGUCGUAUGCUUGGCCUGAAUGGCAGUUAUUAACACUUUGGAAACAAGCAGUUGAUUUAUGGUUUGUGAUUAUGCUUGACUACUGUAUCACAGAGACCUGGUUUUGUAAUUUUCUCAUCACUAUGGUCACACUACAUAUGACCUUUCCCUACCAACUGUAUGCUCUGUGUGUAGUUGUAAUCUAGCCUGAGUGAACCUAUAGCUGCUCGGGGCAUCACAUGCUCAAAUACACACUCACACUGUCUCACACACGCACACACUCACACUCAAAAACACUUGUUUUUGGCUGUACACUUUCUGUUACCAACUAUACACGUACCUAUCGGCUAGCUUGUUUUAAAAUAUUAGCAUUUGGUAUUAUUUGGAUAUGUAAGUUUUUCAUUACAAGAUCCAACUCUUCUGAACAGCUCUACCCUUUGUCACUGACUGAGUCUUCAGUUGUGUGCUAUUCUGAAGUGUUUGUCUGUUUGAAAUAUGCUGUCUACUAGUGUUUAGCAAAGUUUGUGGAAAAAUUUACUAUUAUCUGCUGUAAAAAACAGAAGGUUAAAGAAACACUGAAGUGUAUCACAUGAAAUAAAGAUAUUUCACCAAACA